GAGGAAAAGAAGGAGGUGACUGCUGGGGAGUUACACAGGCUGUUUAUAAAGACUGGGACGAGAGACACAGAGAGAAAACGAGAGAUUUACUACAACACAGAAGAGCAACACUUGGAUAGUAGCUCACAGAAGAUUUCUUGGACUACUGCCUUUGCAAAGAAAUCCCAGCGGAUUUGCUCAGCAUCAUGUUGGUGGCAUUCCAGAAUUCUCUCACUCUUCCGCUGCUUCUGUCCAUCGUCUCAAUCAUCCUUCCACCCUUGGUGGCACCGUCGACAUCAUCACCCUGGAAUCACUCGCGCCCCUCCAACGGCUUCAACACGGACGACUACAAUGAUGACUACGACACUGAAACCACUACCAGACCUGUGGAUCCUGUAGCUAAACGCUGCAAAUACGACCUCUGCCAAGAACAGCAGCCGACCUGCCAGGAGCUCGCCGCCUCCUCAGGCUGCUCCUGCCCUGGGAUGAGUGGGCCGAAUGAGACCCCAGACCCUCCUACACUCCGCAAGCUGUCCCAGGAGGGCUCGGGAGGGGUUGUGGUGUACUGGUGUGCCCCCGCAUCUACAGUGACCCACUAUGUUGUGCAGGUGAAAGGGCGGGAGGUGGAGCUGACGGCCGGUGAAAGGAGAAGGCAGCUGGAUCUUGGGGAGGUAGAAGCUGGGACAGAAGUGUGUGUCCAGGCGGUGAACAGGGUCGGGGUUAGUGACAGAGCGAAGCACUCCUGUACCCGUUUCCAACCACAGAGCUCAGAGUCUGUACUCGCACUCAAACUGGGCAUCAUAGGAGGUGUGGUGACACUGAUCGUGGUGCUAGUGUUAGCAUUGCUGUUGUGGAGGCUCAGAAUACGAAGGAAAACUCUGGCAAGGACUGAGAAUGGAGGAGCAGAGGGCAUGCUCUGAAAGAGAGAUACAAGUCCCCAACCUUUAAGUACACGUUCACAUUCUGGACUGUAGAACUUAAUUGAUUAUGAAGCAAAAUGUAAAGAUUCUGCUAGAUAUAAUUAUAAUUCAGUCAGUCCAAACCUGCUGGAAUAGACAUUGUUGAAUGAGGAACAGGGAUCGAUGCUGGAGAGACAGAGUGAACAAAAGCACUUUAGAUGUGUUGCUAGUUUUAGCUGGUCCGGAGUGGGGAUCUUUUCUUAAGACUAAUGUUGCGAAAAUAGUAGCAAAAAAGUUAAAUCUGUCCAGUGUUCACACAUGUGCACAGUGUCUAAUCUCACAUAUAAAAUGUUAGAUACAAUGUCAGAUACAACCAAGAACACAUCAACACUUUACUUUCAGAUACUUUCAGAUACAGGGGCAAUUUUCCUCACAGUUAUUAAAUCAAACUAAUGCCAUACACUACAUUUGGAAAAAUAUUUCAUUAAAAGAAAAAGUUUUGGUACCACUUUAAAAUAAAGGAUUAUAAAGGAUUAAUUAAUUAAUAGUUUAUAAAGAAGAUUAUCAAUGGUUAUAAAUUAGGCUGCAAAUACUUUAAAACUCAUUAAUAAGGAGUUAAUAAAUAAAUAAAUA